CCGUGAAGAAAAAACAAAACAGGGAAUAUCUUUUUUCUAAUUUCCUCAAAGCAAAACCUAACUAACCUUAAGAGAUUACGAGAAUUGAGAGAGUGAGAGAUGGAUUCCUCCGUGUUUAGAUGGGCGAGGGAGAAGCUGGAGAAGGAACACAGAGAGAGCAAGGAAAGUGGGAAGCUGAAACUCGAACGAGAGAAGAAAGACAAGGAUGCUGCGGAAAGGCAACGCCGAGCCGUUGAAGCUUCUCAAAGAGCCACAAGGCUUGAAGCCAUUGAAGCCCAGAUGAUGAAGGUUGAGGAACCUAGAAAACGUGGAGGUUAUACUAUACCUCCAUGGAUAUUGAAGAAGACUAAUAUGCCGCCACAAGACGAGGAGGAGGUUUUUAGAUGGGAUGAUGAAGAAGAAGGUGCCGAGGGGGAAGUAGGAGACGCUCCUGGUACAGGAAAGUUUACUUGUAAUGAAGAUGAAGAAAAAGAAGAAGAAAGACGACAACGAUAUCGACAACGACUGCGACUGUUGGCAAAAAGACGGAAAGCUAAUGGAUCAACCAUUGAUCAUAUAGAAUAACGAUGAUAUGCUUCCAGAGCGAUUAAGUUAUGUGUUUGCUUUCCAUUGACUUUAUGCAAGACUUGUGUCUUUUACAAAAAUAAGAAACAAUUACAUCCAGAGUCAGUUUUCAUCUUUUAAUAUCAUAAUAAGACACAUUAUGCUACUCA